CUUGAUUCACAUGAAUGCCAGCAAGAAAUAUUAGCUCCUAUUCGCAAAAGUUUUCAUUUCCCAUUUUCCACUUCUGGCCAUGAAUUCACCAGAGUGCAAUCUGUUUAUAACUCCGAAUUGACUGGCAAGGUAAGAUAAAGCUGUACUGUUUCAUUUCUGGUUUAAUUUUAUGCUACCUUUUAUCUGUGCCUGUACAUUUAUACAAAUUUUUGUUGUUCCUCAUUGUAUCAUUAUAGCCUUUGUCAUUCUCUUAUCAUCUUAGUAUUUGGAGAAACGAAAAGAAAUGAAAAGUAGUGGAUACCCUGAUGCAUUGCUUGCUGACAAUUUUGCUUUUAUAGCUAUUGAACAUCCGUCUACUGUAAGUUUUUGAUUUUUCAGCGUUGUAAAUUUGUUUUUUUUGUAAGUUUUUUUUUUUCAAAGUUAAUUAACUGAUUACAAUUUAGUUAUGAAAAAAAACAUAAGUAUCAGAUUUUUGGCCUUUACUUAUGUGACAGUUAUCAAAUUUUCUUAUUGAAUUGUCAGUAUAGUUGUUUAAAACAAUGGUGAUAGUUUGCAAAUAAUGCAGUAUAUUUGUUUUAUUAAUUUCAUUUUCCUGCAUUCCUCCUUGUUUAUUUACGUAUGUAAUUAAAUGCCUUCAUAAGUUUUCUUUUCACACUAUAAAUUUGAAGAAAAUACAACAGACAUUGUGUCCGUUCAUUAAAGAAAAAACUGUUUAAUUUAAGUGUAGCUGUUAAAACCUUCUAUGCUAUGAAAUACAAUUUUUAGGUAGCAAAACUGUGUAAGGAUGGCAUUAGAUGUGGCAAUCAACAGUUC